AUGUCCAAUAACAAAGAAGCUUUGGUUUUGCUGCUUGACGUUGGCCCAUCCAUGCAUUCUGUUCUUCCUGAAAUUGAAAAAGUCUGCUCCUUGCUUGUACAAAAGAAGAUGAUAUUUAGAAAAGAUGAUCAAGUGGGAAUAGUGUUAUUUGGAACUAAGGACACCGAUAAUACACUUACUAGGGAAGUGGGUGGCUAUAAACAUGUUGUGAUUUUGAGAAACACAAAAGUUGUGGAUGGAGAUUUUGUUAAAGCUUUACAAAAGCUGCCUCGAGGAACAACUGAUGGUGAUUUUCUUGAUGCUAUCAUUGUUGGCAUGGAUAUGUUGAUAAGAAAAUUUGGACGAAAAAAGAGAGACAAACGUCUCUGUCUUAUUACUAAUGCACAAUGUCCAAUUAAAGAAGCUUUAGAAGGAACAAAGGAGAAGCAAGUUACCACCAUUGCCAAAAAACUGACUGCACGUGGUAUGAAAAUGGAAAGUAUUGUUUUUAGAGGAAAGCUUAGUCAAAAGGCAAACAAGGGAGUAAUGGAGGAGAAUGAUCGCUUGUUAAAUAUCUUUUCAAAGGAAACAUCAACAAGAUUGUUGUAUGUGGAGAAUCCAGUUUCUUUAUUUGGUGCUCUUAGAACAAGAAAUAUAAAUCUGGUUACAGUUUUCAGAGGGGAUCUUGAAUUCACUCCAAAUCUCAGCAUUAAGGUAUGGGUAUACAAGAAAUCAGGACGAGAGAAAUCUCCUAUUGUGAAGAGAUAUUCAGAUAAGGCUCCUCCAAAUUAUAAACGUGUUACACAUGAAGUCAAAAUAGAUUAUGGGUACAAGAGUUCUGAAGAUCCUGACAGAGUUGUCCCUCCUGAUCAAAGAAUCAAAGGCUAUGGACCUCAAAUAGUUCCCAUAUCCUCUGCCGAAUGGGAUGCUGUUAAAUUCAAACCAGAAAAGGGUGUGAAGCUUUUUGGUUUUACUGAUUCUUCUAAUGUAUAUAGACACCAUUACAUGAAAGAUGCAUAUGUGUUCCUACCUGAACGUGGAAAUACAAGAGCCAUGGUUGCAGUUUCUGCACUUGCACGAGCCAUGAAGGAAAUGGAUAAGGUGGCAAUAUUACGCUGUGUGUGGACAAAGGGACUAAAGAAAGUUACCAUUGGGGUCUUGACACCCAAUUUGUCAGAGAAAGAACAUAUUCCUGAUUCAUUUUACUUCAAUGUACUUCCUUUUGCUGAGGAUGUGCGAGAGUUUCAAUUCCCUUCUUUCUCUAAUUUCCCAGCUUCAAGACAGCCAAAUGGAAAACAGCUAAAAGCUGCAGCUAACUUAAUAAAAAAGCUUGAUCUUGCACCACAUGGGCAACAGGAAGUUUUGCUACCUGACUUUACACCAAAUCCAGUGUCAGAGCGCUUCUAUCGUUACCUGGAGCUGAAAUCAAAGAAUCCAGAUGUGGCAGUACCUUCUGUUGAUGACACACUCAAGAAAAUUACAGAGCUUGAUACUCACCUGCUUCUACAGAACAAAUCUGUAAUAAACUCAUUCUGCAGGUCUUUUGACCUUAAGGGAAAUCCAAUGAAAAAGUGUAGGCGUUUAUUGGGAGGAAAGAGAUCUUCUUCAAAUGAUGAAGAGGUUAAAGAAAACAUUUCUGCUGAACCUGCCAAUCUCAUUGAAAAUGCAUCUGUUAAAGUUGAGAAAAUAGAGGAUCUGACUCCAGCCCAAGAUUUUGUAGCCUUGAUUUUCGAUAAAGAUAGUUCAGAUUGGGUUGUGAAAGCAAUCAAUGAAAUGAAAAGUAAAAUCUUUGACCUGGUGGAGGAUCCCCACAAAGGUGAUAACUAUCCUAAAGCAUUGGAAUAUCUACUUCUGCUUCGCAAGAGUUGCAUCCUUGAGCAGAAAUCAAAACAGUUCAAUGGUUUCCUUAAACAUAUAUGUUAUUUCUGUCAAGAGAAAAGUCUUCACAGUUUCUGUCAGUAUAUUGCUUCUAAGGAUCUCACCUUGAUCUCCACAACAGAAGCUGUAGACAGUGAUGUUACUGAUGAGGAAGCCAGGAGUUUCUUUGUUAAACCUGAACCAAUAGUUGAAUGAAACCUUCACUUCAUGAACUGAAAUGAAAUAGAAAUCUGCAUUUUCUUUUGUCUCAGUGAUGAUCAGAUAUGUGUAUAAACAUCUGAUUUUUGAAAAAACAGUA